GGGCGGCGCCCGCCGCUUCGCGGGCCGCGGGUCCGCCUCCGCCGCGCCGAGGGCGUGGGCUCUGGACUCCCGGAAGCGGCGGCCGCGGCGCGGAGCCCAGCGGGUGUCAAUCCCCAGAGUGGCAAUGAGCGGCGCCAGGAGUUUGUGACCUGAGCGCGACUGCCCGUGCGGGGCCGCUGAAUGGCGGCUUGUUGAGGCGGCGGCUCUGGCUCCUCGGGGCGUGGCGUGGCGUGGUGUAGCGUGGCGGCGGCCGGGGUGAUGCUGCUCAAGCUCUUACAGAGACAGACGUAUACCUGCCUGUCCCACAGGUAUGGGCUCUACGUCUGUUUCGUGGGCAUCGUGGUCACCAUCGUCUCCGCCUUCCAGUUUGGAGAGGUAGUUCUGGAAUGGAGCCGAGAUCAAUACCAUGUUUUGUUUGAUUCCUAUAGAGACAAUGUUGCUGGAAAGUCAUUUCAGAAUCGGCUCUGUCUGCCCAUGCCCAUUGAUGUGGUCUACACCUGGGUGAAUGGCACAGAUCUUGAACUACUCAAGGAACUUCAGCAGGUCAGAGACCAGAUGAAGGAGGAACAGAAAGCAAUGAGAGAAAUCCUUGGGAAGAACACAACGGAACCAACUAAGAAAAGUGAGAAGCAGCUAGAAUGUUUGCUGACACACUGCAUUAAGGUGCCAAUGCUUGUCCUGGACCCAGCCCUGCCGACCAAUAUCACACUAAAGGACCUGCCAUCUCUUUAUCCUUCUUUUCAUUCUGCCAGUGACAUAUUCAAUGUUGCAAAACCAAAAAACCCUUCUACUAAUGUCUCAGUUGUCGUUUUCGACAGUGCAAAGGAUGUCGAAGAUGCCCAUGCUGGGAUGUUUAAAGGAAACAGCAAACAGACAGUUUGGAGGGGCUAUUUGACAACAGAUAAAGAAGUACCUGGGUUAGUGCUACUGCAAGAUCUGGCUUUCCUGAGUGGAUUUCCACCAACAUUCAAAGAAACAAAUCAACUAAAAACAAAAUUACCAGAAAAUCUUUCAUCUAAAAUAAAACUGUUACAGUUGUAUUCAGAGGCCAGUGUAGCACUUCUAAAAUUGAAUAACCCCAAGGAUUUCCAAGAACUGAAUAAACAAACUAAGAAGAACAUGACCAUCGAUGGAAAGGAAUUGACCCUAAGUCCUGCCUAUUUAUUGUGGGAUCUGAGUGCCAUCAGCCAGUCUAAGCAGGAUGAGGACGUUUCUGCCAGCCGUUUUGAGGAUAAUGAAGAGCUGAGAUACUCAUUGCGAUCCAUCGAGAAGCAUGCACCGUGGGUUCGAAAUAUUUUCAUUGUCACCAAUGGGCAGAUUCCAUCCUGGCUGAACCUUGAUAAUCCUCGAGUAACAAUAGUAACACACCAGGAUGUUUUUCAAAAUUUGAGCCACUUGCCUACCUUUAGUUCACCUGCUAUUGAAAGUCACAUUCAUCGCAUCGAAGGGCUGUCCCAGAAGUUUAUUUACCUGAAUGAUGAUGUCAUGUUUGGGAAGGAUGUCUGGCCAGAUGAUUUUUACAGUCACUCCAAAGGUCAGAAGGUUUAUUUGACAUGGCCUGUGCCAAACUGUGCUGAGGGUUGCCCAGGUUCCUGGAUUAAAGAUGGCUAUUGUGACAAGGCUUGUAAUAAUUCGGCCUGUGAUUGGGAUGGUGGUGAUUGCUCUGGUAACGGUGGAGGUAGUCGCUACGUUGCAGGAGCUGGGGGCACUGGAAGCGUUGGAGUUGGGCAGCCCUGGCAGUUUGGUGGAGGAAUGAGUGGCGUCUCGUAUUGUAAUCAAGGCUGUGCAAAUUCCUGGCUUGCUGACAAAUUCUGUGACCAAGCCUGCAAUGUCUUGUCUUGUGGUUUUGAUGCUGGUGACUGUGGGCAAGAUCAUUUUCAUGAACUGUAUAAAGUAACUCUUCUCCCAAAUCAGACUCACUAUGUUAUUCCAAAAGGUGAAUGCCUGCCUUAUUUCAGCUUUGCAGAAAUAGCCAAAAAAGGAAUUGAAGGUGCCUAUAGUGACAAUCCAAUCAUUCGACAUGCUUCUAUUGCCAAUAAGUGGAAGACCAUCCACCUCGUAAUGCACUGUGGAAUGAAUAUGACCACCAUACAGUUUAAUCUCACCUUUCAAAAUAAAAAUGAUGAGGAGUUCAAAAUCCAGAUAACAGUAGAGGUUGAUACAAGAGAGGUACCAAAACUUAAUUCCACGACUCAUAAAUCUGACAAAAAUGUGGUUAGCCCUAUAACACCUCUUCCACAGGCAGAAAUCAUGUUUGAGGAUAUUCCUGAAGAAAAACGCUUUCCAAAGUUCAAAAGACAUGAUGGUAACACAAUAGGGAUAUUCCAAGAGGAGCUGAAAAUUCCCCUGGUAAAUAUUUCACUCCUUCCAAAAGAGGCCCAGUUGAGUCUCAAUAACUUGGAUUUGCAACUGGAACAAGGAGACAUUACUGUGAAAGGAUACAAUCUGUCCAAGUCUGCCUUGCUGAGAUCAUUUGUGAUGAAGAUGCAGGAAGCUAAUUUAAACAUAGAUCAAGAUAUAAAAACAGAUAGAAGAAAUGGCAGUUUGGAGGCUGCAUCAGAAAAACACGUUCACAAAAAUGUCUUGGCAAACAACUUAAAAGCAUCUGAAAAAUCACAGAGGGCAAGUUUUCCAGCCUUAACAAGAAAAGUGGAUGGGCACCACCAAGGUCAGAAUCCAGCCCAGGACCUGGAGACCAAAGCAGGAUUUAGAUCCGCAAAUAAGACCCAAAAAGCAGAAGGCAGAAGUGUGUCAAAAGAAAAGCUCUUGUCUCCAGUUGUUCCACUGGAAAACCAUAUGGCAAAAGAAAAGAAAAUCACAGGAGAAGAAGAGAAAAAUAGAAUGGAGGAAAAUGCUAAAAAUGACAUAGGUGUUAAUGAAGUAUUGCCUGGAAGAAAAUUGCAACAUUACAUAGAAAGUUACCAGGGCUUUUUGCCAUGGGAGAAAAAGAAGUAUUUCCAGGAUCUUCUUGAUGAAGAAGAGUCAUUGAAGACACAACUGGCAUACUUUACUGAUAGCAAACAUACUGGGAGGCAACUAAAAGACACAUUUGCAGAUUCCCUGCGAUAUGUAAAUAAAAUUCUAAAUAGCAAGUUUGGAUUCACGUCCCGAAAAGUACCUGCACACAUGCCUCACAUGAUUGACCGAAUUGUUAUGCAAGAACUGCAAGAUAUGUUCCCUGAAGAGUUUGAUAAGACGUCAUUCCAUAAAGUACGCCAUUCUGAGGAUAUGCAGUUUGCCUUCUCUUAUUUUUAUUAUCUCAUGAGUGCAGUGCAGCCACUGAAUAUAUCUAAAGUUUUUGAUGAAGUUGAUACAGACCAAUCUGGUGUCUUGUCUGACAGAGAAAUACGAACACUGGCUACCAGAAUUUACGACUUGCCUUUAAGUUUACAGGAUUUGACAGGUCUGGAGCACAUGUUAAUAAAUUGCUCAAAAACGCUUCCUGCUAAUAUCACUCGGCUGAACAGCAUUGCACCAACUCAAGAAGUAUAUUAUGAUCCCAAUCUGCCACCAGUCACUAAAAGUCUAGUUACCAACUGUAAACCAGUAACUGAUAAAAUCCACAAGGCAUAUAAGGACAAAAACAAAUACAGGUUUGAAAUCAUGGGAGAAGAAGAAAUCGCUUUUAAAAUGAUUCGUACCAAUGUUUCUCAUGUGGUUGGGCAGUUGGAUGACAUAAGAAAAAAUCCCAGGAAAUUUGUUUGCCUGAAUGACAAUAUUGACCAUAAUCAUAAAGAUGCUCAGACAGUGAAGGCUGUUCUCAGGGACUUCUAUGAAUCCAUGUUCCCCAUGCCUUCCCAAUUUGAGCUGCCAAGAGAGUAUAGGAACCGUUUCCUUCAUAUGCAUGAGCUGCAGGAAUGGAGGAUGUAUCGAGAUAAAUUGAAAUUUUGGACCCAUUGUAUACUAGCCACAUUGAUUAUGUUUACUGUAUUCUCUUUUUUUGCUGAACAGUUAAUUGCACUUAAGCGGAAGAUAUUUCCCAGAAGGAGAAUACUCAAAGAAGCUAGUCCCGAUCGAAUCAGGGUAUAGAAGAUCUUCGUUUGAAAAUCGUCUACCUCAGCAUUUACUGAGCAUUUUAAAACUUGGUGUCACAAAGAUGUCCUUAUGAUGUAAUACUUAGCCAGCUUGGCCUGAAGAAGGAAAAAUGUAUAGUACCAUACUUAUUUUGUAGCUUGAGCAGAGACUGCUGACCAGGAAUCAUUUAAAGACCCAUAUACUGAAAACUUGUGUGCUGAACAACUCUGAACUGGUUUUACUUUUAAAGCAUUUGCUCGUGGACCUGUCCUUUUUUUAUCGAAAGACUUGCUGAUGAGAACAGCUGUCAAUUUCCAUAGCAAUCCUUACAAAUGAACUUUAAUAGGAAAAGCCGAGACCCAGUUUGGAAGCAACUGCUAAGACUCCCCAGUCUUUGCUUUCCAAAAGUGAUUGCUGAGCUUUCACUAUUUUUUUAUUUUUCCAUUUCCUGUUUUAAAAAUAAGUAGCUACUAAGUUAAUUAGUUAUUCUUGCUUCCAAGAAGAAUGAAUUGGGGUGUCUAAACAUGUUUUUAUAAAUGUUAUUUAAAUUAUGCAGCAAAAUCACUUUCAAUUGGCAAUAUCUAAAUUAUGAAUUUUAAGACAGUGAGUGGUAUCGAACUGCCAAGGAGUUUAGUGACUGACAUCUGAAAUACUUUGUGGUGGUUUACUUCAGCCCCUAAGAAUUCUGUGACUUCAUGUGGAGGCAUAAUCACAAAGGGCUAAAGUUUAGUAGCUGUGCUGCUUAUCAGAUGUAAUUAUGUUUUAGAAAUGUAUAUAUUCAAACAGAAGUGCCUCAUUUUAGAAAUGAGUAGUGCUAAUGGUACUGGCACAUUAUAGUGUUGUCUUAUUUAAUACUCACCAUAAAUUUCAAUAGCUAUUGUAUAGAGCAGGGGUCAGCACACUUUACCUGUAAAUGGCCAGAUACUAAAUAUUUUAGGCUUACAGGACACAUCUGUGUCUUUGUCUUUUUUUUUUUUUUUUACAACCAUUUAAAAAUAUAAAAACCAUGUUUAGCUUACAGUUGUACAAAAACAGGCCACCAGCCAGAUUCGCCAAUGGGCCACAGUUUGCUGACCGCUCAUAUAGAGAAUUAGCAUUUUUAUGUAUGGAUCAUCCUUGCCAUUUAGCCAUAUUUUAUGUCAGUAUACAGUGGAUUUGUGGAGGCGAGAUUCCAUGAGUCCUUUUUGAACUCUCCAACAAGUAUUUCAGAUCAUGAUCUCAACAGUAUUCAUUCAAAAUGGCAUAAAUAUUUUAUUGUAAAAAGAAUUUGAAAUGUAAAUAUUGUGGAUGUGCUAUAAGAGUUCUGUAUUUCAACAAUUGAAGUCUCAUAAAAAGUUACAUUUUGUCUGA